ACAGACGUCUGUGUGACUGAGCAGCGGGCUCGACGGACGGACGCAUGCACCGAGGAGUCCCGGUUAGGAUGCUUUACAGGCGCUAGAGGCGGAAAAGGGAGGUGAGAAAUGCGGGCGCCGAGUUCAAAGAGAGCCCGCUGUUGUGUUCGUCUCCACUGUCAACAACAACAACAACAACAACAACAACAACAACACAAACAACACAACUGCAGCCCCUCUCAGUUCAUUUAACGGCGCCGCACCGAGGAAAUCACUGGGACUAUGUGAGCAUCAUGCACGCGGUGAGAUGCCUGCUGUUCGCUGCAGUUUGCGCGCGGAGCUCCGUGACAGGUCUGAGGGAAUGGAUGAGUCUGGAGGAAAGGCUACCACCUUCAGAGGAGGUUGUUCAGCCCAAGCGGCUUCUGCAGCAGAUCCACUCUGAGGAGGAGCUGCUCCACAGUGGGCUGGACACACGGGUAAAGAACCACACAGCCGGAGUGUUGCCCGUCCAUCUGGCCCAGAGCAGUUUCCUGGUGGAGGCCUUUGGUUCGUCCUUCAUCCUUGACCUGGACCUGAACCAUAACCUCCUGUCCACAGAGUAUGUGGAACGUCACUUUGAUGAACAUGGGCAGCCCUCUGAGAGUAUGGGCGGAGAGCACUGCUACUACCAUGGACGUGUCCGAGGGCUGCCAGGCUCCUGGGCCGCUCUGUCCACCUGCCACGGCCUGCAAGGGAUGUUUUCUGAUGGGAACUUUUCCUAUGGGAUUGAACCACUGGGCGACGGAGAGGACCACAUUGUGUGUCGCAUGCCAGACAUCAAGCUGUUUCCACCUCCCUGUCCAGGAUGCUCUGUGAACGGUACAGCAGCACCAGACAGCCACAGCGAAGGAGACAGAGACGGAGACCCGGAGGAAGACAUGGAGGCGCUGGAUGGAGACGAUCAGUCUAAUGAGGAGAAGUCUGUCCUUACACAAGGCCUGAGACGGUCAAAAAGACAAGUGAAGCGAGGCCAGCGCACUGUUCAGACCGAGACCAAGUACAUCGAGCUGAUGGUCGUCAAUGACCACGAAUUGUUUGUGCAGCUCCGUCGGUCGACCACUCACACAAAGAACUUUGCCAAAGCGGUGGUGAACAUGGCUGAUGCGAUCUACAAGGAGCAGCUCAACACUCGCAUCGUGCUGGUGGCCAUGGAGACCUGGUCAUCUGAAAACAGGGUGGCUGUGGGCGAUGACCCUUUGCUCACCCUGCGCGACUUCAUGAAGUACAGGAGGGAGGAUAAGGAACGCUGUGACACCGUGCACCUCUUCUCCGGUAGGACGUUCAUGAGUAGCCGAAGUGAGGCAGCAUAUAUCGGGGGCAUCUGCUCACUGACCAGAGGAGGAGGCAUCAAUGAGUUUGGCAGCGUGGGCCCCAUGGCCAUCACACUGUGCCAGAGCCUCGGCCAGAACAUUGGCAUGUUAAGGAACAAGGAACGGACAGCCGCAAGUGACUGCAGGUGUCCAGACCCGUGGCUCGGCUGUAUCAUGGAGGACACAGGCUACUACCUGCCAAGGAAGUUUUCUCGCUGCAGUAUAGACGAGUAUCUGCGUUUCCUUCAGCUGGGGGGAGGCAGCUGUCUCUUCAAUAAGCCCAGCAAGUUGUUAGAUCCACCAGAGUGUGGCAAUGGAUAUGUGGAGAUGGGAGAAGAAUGUGACUGUGGAUCAAUGGUGGAAUGUGCGCGGAGUGGAGCCAACUGCUGCAAGAAGUGCACUCUUACCCACAAUGCCAUGUGCAGCAAUGGGCUCUGCUGCAGAGACUGCAAGUAUGAACUUCGAGGAGUGACAUGUCGUGAUGCUGUCAAUGACUGUGACAUUCCUGAGACCUGCACUGGAGACUCCAGCCAGUGCCCUCACAAUGUCCACAAACUGGAUGGAUACAUGUGUGACGCUGGUCAGGGUCGUUGUUAUGGAGGUCGCUGCAAGACCAGAGAUGGUCAGUGCAGGACUCUGUGGGGCUACAACUCGGCUGACCGGUUCUGCUAUGAAAAGCUCAACUCUGAAGGUACAGAGCUAGGAAACUGUGGUCCGGACUCCAGUGGCCAGGGAUGGGUGCAGUGUAACAAACAAGAUGUUCUGUGUGGUUUACUGCUGUGCACCAAUCUGACGAUGAAGCCGAGGUUUGGCGAGCUGCAGGGAAAGCCCACCAGUCUGACCAUCCACCAUCAGAACAGAUACCUGGACUGCAGGGGUGGUCAUGCGGUGCUGGAUGAUGGCCUGGACCUGGGCUAUGUGGAGGAUGGGACACCAUGUGGACCAAACAUGAUGUGUUUAGAGCGACGCUGCCUCCCUGUCACCACCUUUAACCUCAGCACCUGCCCAGGAUCCUCAUCCUCACGCAUCUGCUCCCACCAUGGGACUUGCAGUAAUGAGGUGAAGUGUAUCUGUGAUCCCGACUACACUGGGAAGGACUGCAGUGUGUUUGACCCCAUCCCCAUCCCCACUCCACCAGAGGGUCCAGAGAAAUACAGAGAAACAUCCGAAGAGGAAGAUCUUCAGGAGUUUGAGUAUCUCUCAGCUGUCCUGUCUUCUGUACACUGGGUCCAGUCUGCUCUGAGGAGACAAAAAAGAUGUCUGUCUCUGCAAAUGGAUAAGAGCCCUCAGACCUUUCCUAUUUCCUUUUCCGAUUCCAUCAGUGCUAUAUCAAUAUUUUCUCCCUUUGGAAGUAUUAUUUGCCCAUUGGAUGAAAGCCCAGAGGGUGUUUUCAGUCAGAUCAGAAUGAAUGUCAGGGACAGUCAGGUUCUAAGUGCAUCUUACCACCAUUAUUUGCUACCUUUUUGUCUUACUUUCAUUGACAUAAUAAGACUCCUGGACACACACUGAGCCCUUAACUGAAGUGAGUCUAAACUCUUCAUAUUUCUUUUCCCUUCCACUGAUUUCAGCUGAUUUCAUGCUUUACCCUUUAAAUUAUUUCUCGGAAGAAGGCCAUAUCCUUUUCAUGGUUAUAACUUAUUUGGCAGCUGAGAGUAGCUGUUAAAUCCUAUUAAUACACACUUAACGUAUGUUAGAUCAUGGAGAAUUCAACCAACCUGGUUGUUUGAAUGCACCAUCUUGUUUCAGCAAAUAUAACUGUAAUACAAGUGUAUAAAUAUCACCAAAUAAUGAAUGUUGACAUUUUACCCCCCUAGACCAGGGUUGUUUGCGUGUUGUUAGACCUUUACAUUCCACAGUAAUAGCCAUAAUUUGUACUCCCUCUUUGCUGCUUGUCAUUAUCAAACAGUAGCUCAUCCUAAAUCAAUGCUUCUACAUAAUAUGCAUCAAUGUAUGAAUGUAUAGUUCAAUCCUGCAAGGAAGCAAUCGCUUGUUUUGUCUCUGUGCUGACAUCCGAGUACUUUACUGCAGCCGAGCUGGAUAGACAGUUGCACAUGUACACACCGAAUGUUUUGUCCCACUGUAUGAUAUGUAAUCCAUAUAUGAACAAUAUGCAUACGAGUAUGCUGAAUAUGGGUGCUGUUGUAAAUAGUGUAUCAUACAGUUGAGUAGUUAAUACACAGCAGUGACUCGCUGCUACUCUGACUGGAAGCACAAGGCUAGAAGAGGAGGACACUUCCUGCCUCGGAGUUUGCAAGCACUUAUCGGCUUGUUUUAGCGAGAGGAGGUCCGGAUCUGUACUUUUAGUGUGUUUGAGGAAAGUUGGAUUUCUAAAAAUGUUGCCUGAUUAUUUAGGCUGCAGGGAAUCAGACAGGUGACAAAUUGAAGAUAAGACCGAAGAAAUUAUACGCCAAAAAGUCAGAGUGUGAUUACUUCAUUAGAUAUUGUAAUGUGAGACAAGAUUUUGGUGGGAAUGAUGAUUUUUUUUUUUGCAUUUUCACUGAAAAAAAAAAAAAAAUCUAAAAAAUGGAGAUAGUAGUGAUUUUUUUGUGAGGUCCGUGCCAAACAAGCAUGUUCCCUAUAUAUGGAGAAUAUGAAUAAUUGGCUUCAUCUGUACAACUACAAUUAUUUGUUUUGGUACGAUGCUUGUCAAAAGUUUGGAAACACCCACUCUAUUAUUAUUUUUAAUGGACAAAUGCAUGUUCCUUUGUUUUUAUGCAAAAAACUCAGUAAUUUAAUGAUACGAAGAUUUAUUAAGCCCAAAUAAAUAUAUAAAUGUACAAGUAUUGAUGUAGAAAAAGUUAAACUUCAUGUCCACCAAAGAUUUUUCCCAGUGUUACAGACUCUAACUGGGGUCUGAGCCAUUAGUUUGUCCAAACAUUGAACCAAAAUACUUAACCAUGUCUGAGUAAAACAUACUGGAAAAAAUAUUUAUUUCAUAUUUCAUAUUAACUGUACCAGUUCAUCCCAGUACUGUUCAACAGGUUUAGGUGACUGAGGAGCCCAUUCCAUGAAUAGACUGUUUUUUUGUCUGGUGUUUGUCUUGCUGGUGAAAUUGAUGUUGAAGUAUUGAAUGUAUCGAUAGUGAAUCAUCAAACUGUUUUCCAUUGUUUUCCAUGCAUCAUUCCAAUUAGUCAUGGUCUGUAGAGGAUUUAACCUACGUGUGUAUAAUAUAUGUUUCUCCAAUUGUGUUGUGAACAUAGACUCGUGAAGUGGAACAUGUGUUUCAUCCAUAAUCUACUGCUGUUGCCUAAGGUGACAGUAUUAAGCCUUUUGCACCUUUUGAACUUGUACAUUUAUGCAUUUGUUUGGUCAAUGUAAAUCUUUGUGCCUUUUAAAUUACCAGGUUUUUUUGUGUAUAAACAAUAAGAACAUGCACAUGUCUCUCAAUAAGGGUAAAGUCUAGGUGUUUCCAAACUCAGGCACUGUAAACUGACUCAUAUGUGAUCACAAUUGCUGCUCCAACUGAUAUUUGAGGAAAUUAUUCAGGAUUGAGAUCUGAAAAAGAUCACUCCCAUCAGGAUUUUCCUUCAAAUUGUCCUCUGUCUGCAUCUUAAACGACUCUGAAAGACAUUUUAAAAGUUCAAGCUGAAAGAUACAGUACUGACACAGAUGUCGGAUUAAACACGACAUCUCCCUGUCCACAUAGAGCCAAGUUAUAAAUAUUCAGAUCUGGCUUCCAUGUAUUCAGUAUUUAACCUGAUCUCCACUAUGCUUUGUCUAUGAAAGGCCUCAGAAAAUUUAGUUACUGUCAGACCAGGCGCAUAUGAUAAGCAAUAAAUAUGUUUAUUUACACAAAACAUUAAGAAGUUGACUCCCAGUAUGUGUUCAGUGGAAAAGAAAAAAAACCACAUUCAUAUAGUCUUUACCUACCUAUCAAGAUUUAAAAAAAAAAAAAAAGCGAUAUCAGCAGCCUUUGAGUGCUAGUCAUUUGGGGAGUCUUAUAUAUCAGGUUGUAAUAAACAUACACUGCUUUUUUAACCAGUAAAAGUAUGAAACUGCACAAUAGAACAGGUGCCAGAUGAGAUGACGCACAUUACACUGCCAGUCAACCUACAGUAGCAUUAAAGGAAUACGUUGACGUGCCGAACAGUCAGACAUGCACAAUGGUCUCUGCCUCUGAAAUUACUCUGAUUAAUAGAAAAAAAAAAAAAAAGUCAUUCAAGAUUUAUACAAAACCUUUUACUACUACUUCAAGAUGCUAACUUUACACAAUGAUGUCUUUUAACAGCAGGUGAAGUAAGGAGUUUCUCACAUCUCCACAACAAAGACCGCAAAUGUAACAUGUCAAUAUAUGGCUUUAAUCAUACUUGAAGUCUUAUUCCGUAAACACUGUAUGAAACUAAUACUCAAGGACAGACUUGGCUGAAAGCUCAGGUCACAUUGUGUUUACCUCCACUGUUUGUGAUCAUAUGUUGUAGUUGCACACAAAAGAAUUUUGGCACCAUUCAUCUACGGAACUCAGCAUUUUAAUAUAAUCAGAAUGAGCUUUCAAUGUAAAUACUCAUAAUAAAUAUUAAAACAUACCUGAAUAC